AGCUGAAUUGGCGUACGAGCAGGGGCGGUGCCACGCAUCUGCUGCGAGUGGGCGGACGGUGGGGGGAGAGAAGAGGAGCGCAGAGCCUAAAAAAGAGCACGUCUCCCACCGACCGAUCCCGCCAUAGUUCCCCCACACCCGCCGACCCCCUCCCACUUAUUCCAGCGUAGACCAUCGAGCAGCACAGACCAGCGUAGACCCCCAUCACCACCAUCUCCACCAGCGUGCUGCCGUAAAGCAAGCAGGCAUUUUUUCAUUUGAUGCCACAUUCCUCAUCAUCACCAACCGGAUUUGCUGAUUUGACUCCACUUGGCUUUGGGCUUCUUCGCGGUGUACUUUCUACAUGAUCUAUUUCUACAUUAUCUCCCCCCAACUCUGUGCCACCACUACACCAGCCUGCACUACAUCGCAACUUUUUGUUUAUUUUUAUUUUUAAUCCAGCUUUUGCGUUUGUCAUUUUGUAACCUAGCUAGUACAAUGCACAAGCUGUACAUCGGGAAUCUGGUCGACAGCGUGACUGCCGAGGACCUUGGAAAAACCUUUGACGAGCACAAGAUUCCCUACUCGGGACAUUUCCUCAUGAAAACCGGAUACGCGUUUGUGGAUUGUCCGGACGACCACUGGGCCAUGAAGGCGAUCGAGACGUUUUCUGGUAAAGUGGAGCUCCACGGGAAGCGUAUGGAGGUUGAACACUCGGUGCCCAAGAAGCAAAGGACCAGAAGACUGCAGAUCAGAAACAUUCCACCGCAUCUCCAGUGGGAAAUGUUGGACGGCCUGUUGGCUCAGUGUGGAACUGUGGAGAACUGUGAACAAGUGAACACGGACAGUGAGACUGCAGUGGUGAAUGUUGCAUUCGCAUCCCGAGAACACGCCAGACAAGCCAUCCAGAAGCUGAAUGGAUACCAGCUUGAGAGCAACACCCUUCAUGUCUCCUACAUCCCUGACGACAGCUCUGACGCGGAAGAAGACCACCGGGGGCCCGACAACGGCCGGCGCCCCGGGUACGGGCCCCGUGGCAGUCAACGUGGUGGCUCCCCAAACUCCGGGAUGCCCAGCAAACUCCAGCACGCCGACAUCCCUCUGAGGCUUCUCGUGCCGACACAAUACGUAGGAGCCAUCAUCGGCAAAGAGGGAGCCACCAUCCGCAACAUCACCAAGCAGACGCAGAGCAAGAUUGACGUGCAUCGCAAAGAGAACGCAGGCGCUGCUGAGAAGUCGAUCAGCAUCCAUUCCACACCUGAGGGCUGCUCCGCUGCCUGCCAGAUGAUCCUAGACAUCAUGCAGCAGGAGGCCAAGGACACCAAGACCGCUGACGAGGUUCCUCUGAAGCUUCUUGCUCACAAUAACUUUGUGGGACGCCUCAUCGGGAAAGAGGGACGCAACCUCAAAAAGGUCGAGCAGGAUACCGACACCAAGAUCACAAUUUCCCCUCUGCAGGAUCUGACGCUGUACAACCCGGAAAGAACGAUCACAGUCAAAGGAUCCAUCGAAGCCUGCUGUCAAGCUGAGGUGGAGAUUAUGAAGAAGGUCAGAGAGGCCUACGAGAACGAUAUCGCUGCAAUGAAUCAACAGACUCACCUGAUACCUGGGCUGAACCUCGGCGCUUUAGGCCUCUUCCCGUCUUCCUCCAACAUGCCUCCACCGCCAUCGGGAAACCAAGUCCCCGGAACGCCUUACUCUUGUUUUGGGGCUCCAGAGCAGGAGACGGUGCACGUGUACAUCCCGGCACAGGCGGUGGGAGCCAUUAUUGGGAAGAAAGGGCAGCACAUCAAGCAACUGAGUCGCUUUGCUGGGGCGUCCAUCAAGAUUGCCCCCGCUGAAACUCCAGACUCUAAAAUGAGGAUGGUGAUCGUGACGGGACCCCCUGAAGCUCAGUUUAAGGCCCAGGGACGAAUCUACGGUAAACUGAAGGAAGAGAACUUUUUUGGGCCAAAGGAAGAAGUCAAACUGGAAACUCACAUCAAGAUGGCUGCUGCUGCUGCAGGAAGGGUGAUUGGGAAGGGUGGCAAGACGGUGAAUGAGCUGCAGAAUCUCACAGCAGCUGAGGUGGUCGUCCCCAGGGAACAGACGCCUGAUGAAAAUGACCAGGUCAUCGUCAAGAUCAUUGGACAUUUCUAUGCCAGCCAGUUGGCUCAAAGAAAGAUCCGAGACAUCCUGACUCAGGUCAAACAGCCACAGAAAGGCGGGGUGGGCCCCAGCCCGCAAAGUCAGGUCUUCUCAGAGCGGUGCAGCCCGACGCAGGGACUGACACAAGACCACCAACUGCGCAGGAAGUGA